AUGUCUCAAACUUUGAGAAAUGAAUCGAACGAAUUAUCAAAAAUGUCAAUAAAAGAAUUGGAACAACGACUUGAAAAAAAUAAAAAAUUUCUUGAAAAUGAACCAACUCGUAUUAAUAUUAUAUCAAUGGAAGAAAGCAUUCAAUUACAACAAAGACAAAAGGGAAUAGAAGAAGAACUUCGAUUGAAAUCUUUGACUGAUCAAUUUAGUAAAAUUUCUGUUGAAAAUAACUCGGAAGAAUGGAAAAAAAAUGAAUUUUCUGACAAUGAUUCGUCAUUCACAGAAGAUUCUGAUGAUGAAUUGAGUGAAAUUCACGUUUUUGAACCUCAAUCGAUCACAAAGAUUUAG